AUGGCGGCGCGCUCAUCCAUGUGUCUGUCGCGGUUGCUAAAGGCAAAAUGUAGCAAAUUUAUGUUCGCCAGUUCAUCCACUCGGCAAAUCAGCUUCGUAAAACAUGUAAAGAGACCUUCAGUAUUUAUUUCGUCAGGUUCACUAAAGUACUGUAUAAACUCUACUGCUGUGUUUUCAACUCGAAAGUCAAAUAACGUAAAAAUUUUGAGUGAAGAUAUAUUAAAAGCCACUCGACCUAAACAAACGUCCACCGGUAAUGAUGAUGGACAGUCUAAAAAUUCCGAAGAAGAUAAGAAAAGUGAUGCUUUUUCUAAAAAGGCUAUGAAAUAUACAUUUAUAGCGUUUGGUUCUAUGUUUACUGGAUUUCUUGGAAUCGCUAUAUAUGAAUGGGGUGCUCCUCCUCGAGAUGAAAAUGGCAACCCUGUUGAAGAUGAAUAUAAUCAUAUGUCAAAACCUAAAGCUUAUCUAUAUAGGACAUAUAAUGAGAUGAUGUAUUAUAAUAAGCUCAUUAAAGAACCUUCUAGGGAGAAACUUUUACCAGAGCCUCUGACAGAGCCUUAUUACCAACCUCCAUACACUCUAGCUUUGGAGCUCACAGGAGUUUUAGUUCAUCCUGAUUGGACUUAUCAAACUGGUUGGCGAUUUAAAAAAAGACCUGGUGUAGAUUAUUUUUUGCAACAGGCGGGACCUCCACUUUUUGAAGUUGUCAUUUAUACGAGUGAACAGGGUUUCACUGCUUUCCCAAUCAUUGACUCUUUGGAUCCUAAUGGCUAUAUUAUGUAUAGACUAUUCCGAGAUGCAACAAGGUACAUGGAUGGACACCAUGUAAAAGAUCUAUCAUGCUUAAACAGGGAUUUAUCUAAAGUAAUAUUUGUGGACUGGAAUGAGAAAUCAUUUAAACUGCAACCCAGAAAUGCUUUGCAUUUGAAACGAUGGACUGGUAAUGAUGAUGAUACAACAUUGUAUGAUUUAGCUACUCUUUUAAGGGCCAUAGCAACUAGUGAAGUUGAAGAUGUUCGCACAGUUUUGGACUAUUAUAGCCAGUUUGAUGAUCCAGUUCAAGUAUUUAAAGAUAAUCAAAGAAAACUUCAGGAAGAGGAAGAUAAACGAAUACUAGAAGAACGUAAUAAAAAAUCAAGUCUAGCGAGUACAUUGUCAAGUAAUUUACUCAGAAGAAGAUAAUUCAUUUAAAUUUAUUGUACAAGAAAAGCUGUUUAGAAUAGUUACACUCCUGUUUGUAACUUAUAUAAAACAUGACAAAGAAAAACACUGUUAGUAUUUUUUAAACAUAGCAUUUUUAUGUAGUUUAAAAUUUCUUUACAUGACAAUAUUGUUUACAUCAAAACUGUAAUUUUACAGUGUGCAUUUUGGUUUUCUUUAUUAAUAUAAUCAUUCGUAAUUGAACUUAAAUAUGAAAAGAAAAAUAUGCUUAGCAUUAAAAUGAAGUUUUUUCCCUUUCAACUUGUGAAAUUUAUUUAAAUAGUUAUAAUUUGAUAAAAGGAAUAGCUGUGCUUGCCAGCAUGUUUUUUUUUAAAAUUAUAAUACCUGUCCUUGUUCAAACUUUAGGUGCAUGCUUUGUGUUUUAUUUAUUUGUAUACUGCUGUCCUGGUCUUUCAAUGUGCCAGACUUUAUUGUGAAACAAUAAUAUACAAAAUUUUCUUUCUGUGCAUAUGCCAACAAAUAUUUGUAAUUGCUGAUAGAAAUAUGCUCAAAUUUGCAUAUAUAACAAGGCCAUAGAUUCUGCAUUAAUUUAUGAUAUUUACUUCUUGAAGUAAAAUGCUUUAAUUUGAAUACUAGAGAAAUUUGAUUUUUCUCAAAUAUAGAUUUAUUAAAAGUAUCCAUAUAUUUGAUGCAUAAAGAUUAUAGAAGAAUAGCACAAAUAUAAAAUUCAGAAUAAAGAAUUUUAUAUAUAAAUGUAUGCUAAUUUUUAAACAUAAAACAAUAUUUUAGCAUAUUUUUUAAAUAUUUUAUAAAAAAUCCUGAAUGAAAGGUAUAUGAUAUAGUAGCAUAUGCUACAUAUUGUAAUAAAUAUGCAGUUAAAUGAGUAUAAAGAACAGGCUUUAUAUCAAAUAUCACUUGUUCAGUUGAGAUCUCAAGAUAAUUCUAUGAUCUUUUCUUAGCUUCAAGGGGGAAAUGAAGGAUUAAAUAAUUAUUUAAGAAGAAAAAAGUUCUGUGAUCGAUUUCUGAUAUGUGUCAUGAUCAUUGAAAAUGUUUCAUUCAUGUAUAUCCUCUUGUAAUCAUAAGUUUUUGUAACAUAUGUGUUAUUGUGUUAAAUUCAUUAAAUUUAUUUGUGGUAAAAAA